AAAUUGGCCACCAUCCAUCCACAAAAACUCUUCUUUCAUCGCCAUGACCCUCCCUUCUUCAUGUGUAUCCAAACACCACCUACGAAUCUCACCUUCCCCAAAACUUCUCUUCUUCAUCUUAUCCACUUGUUGCUUCACCCUCCUCAUUCUCUUUGAAAUCCAAUCCCUCCAUACAUCAUCACCGUCUCCGUCAAGGUCCUUCUUUCAACAAUGGCAAAACAGAACCCUAGCCCAAGAUCUCAGCUCCUUGAACGAAAAGCUUCGCCUUUCUGUCACUUUCCUCCCCCUCAAGGACUUGCGUUAUUCCAAAAAACCACUAGAAGGCCACACCUGGUUCAUGAGCUCCAUGUACGACACCCACCAAGAAGGUGAGGUCCAAUACCAAGAAUUUCCUUCUGAGGCAUCUCAUGGGAGACUGCUCUGCCUCAAAGGCCACGAGACCCAUGAGGGAUCCUCGAAUUACUACGCUUUGGCUUGGCCGGAUGCACUACCGUUCAAUGCCACUCUCGUGAAGGGUUUAACUUUUGUGGCUUACAAUCAUUAUGACUACCAUAAUAUAUGGCACAGUCUAGGGGCCUUUUUUCCGUUUGUUGCUUGGCAUAAGAUGAACGGGUGUGAGUCACCGGAGAGGUGGGUUCUGUUUCAGAAGGGUGAGCUACGGUUGAAGACGAACCCGUGGCUAAAUACGUUAAUGGGGGCUACUUUUGGAAGGGAGCCAUACAUCGAGGUGUUUGACUGGGUUAAAGAUGAAGAGCCUGUUUGUUUCGAGAAAGCAGUCGUCAUGAGGCACAACGAGGGAGGGAUGUCGAGGGCGAGGAGAAUGGAGGCGUAUGAUCUUAUAAGGUGCAAGGCCAGGGUUUACUGCAACUUGAACUUAGAAAGGAGAAUACCGGAGAUCGGGAUGACCAUGCUCAUGAGGACCGGAGCAAGAUCCUUCAACAAUGAGACGGCGGUGAUAGAGAUCUUUGAGAGGGAGUGUAGAAGGGUAGAUGGUUGCCGGUUGAUGGUGGCUUAUGCUAACAAUCUCACUGUUUGUGACCAGGUGAAGUUGAUGAGCUUAACAGACAUCUUAAUAUCACCACACGGAGCUCAAUUAACCAACUUGUUCCUAAUGGAUCGAAACAGCAGCAUCAUGGAGUUCUACCCAAAGGGAUGGCUAAAACUGGCUGGAGUAGGUCAGUACGUGUACCGAUCCAUGUCUAGCUGGGCCGGUAUGAGGCAUCAGGGAGCCUGGAGAGAUCCCGACGGGGAACAUUGUCCCUACCCAGACGAUGACGGUCGAUGCAUGUCUGUAUAUAAAAAUGGCAGGAUAGGAUACAAUGAGACCUUUUUUACUGAGUGGACUCGAAAUGUCCUUAUUCAAGUCAAAGCAAGGAAGUUGGAAGAGGCAGCUUCAAGGGAGGACCAAUCUGAUUCGGCUUCUAACACUUGCCAUUGUGGUUAAUUCAUUACGUUUAAUUUCUAUAUGAAAUUAAUUUUAAUGGGUUUAUUUGGUAAGGAAGUUUAGUAUGAGGGUUUGAUUGACAAAAAUAACUUAUUUGAGGGGGCAAUAUUAAGUUUAUUCCAAAAAAAAAUUGUUUACGUU